AUGGACGAGCUGCCUUUCUCAAAGCCGAGCAGCUCAGCACACCGCUUUGCACAUAAUGAUAAGAAUGGCCGGGGUUGGGGUCAGCUGGACAACAGCAAAGAAGAAAUCGCGGUCGCAGGAAACCCUACGCCGAGGGCUCAAUCUCGUUCGGCAUUUACUACCAACAGAAGCUCCAAAACUCCCUCGGUCAAUCUCAAAAAUCAAUUGCUGAACAGCGUCAAGCGGCCAGGGGAUCUGCCUGGAAGCAUUCCACAAAGCGAUGCAGCGAAGAGGCAAAAGCUGCCCAGCUCGCAAUUGCCACAACGGUCCAACGACAGCUCACUCCCUGUACGAGACACUCCUAGUGGGCCCUUCCAUUCUUCUUCCAAACUUUCCAACGCGUCUGCGGCCCCUAAGCCGAUGAAAAGUAUUUUCAUGGAGAUAUCUGAUGACUCGGACGACGACAAGGCAACGGAGCCUAUUUCGAGGCAACUCUCGCCUUUAAGAAGUUCACUUCCGGUCGCUCAUCGCAUUUUGGAAGUCAAUGGAGAGGCUGCAUUAGCUCGAAGUAAGUUUCUGAGACAACAAGCAGAGAACGCCAAGCUCGCGGACAAGCAUUUCAAACCUCCUACUUGGCCCACCGCAUCGAUAGCUCGACGCCAGACUGUAAAAAAAGAACAGUCGCCUCCGACGCCGAGUCGCAGGUCUCAGAAGUCCAAGCGGAAAGAUGUGCGCUCCAUAGCGCGACCGAAGCCUGAGGAAGUCAUCAGCCGCGAAUUGGAUGAAGAAGUCGCUCCAAUCACUCCGCUAACCAUGAGUCGCCAAAGGCAACCUCAAACGACAAAGCCUCAGCGCAUUGCGCGAGAGACACCCAAGACAUCAUUGUUCUCGUCAGAGGGCACAGACGGCCCUUCCACAUUCACUCAACGUCUUCAAGAAGUCAAGAAGGAGCACCCACUAGAGCCCGAGAUCCGGAGCCGGCGCCCUGUUCAGCAUAAAGUCGAGCUUGCUAACAGUGUUUCCACGAACUUCGAGACGGAGCAGAAUAAGCAGCAAAGACUGGGAUUCAAAACUGCAGAAGCGGCCUCACAGAAGCUGGAGCGAGAACGACAACAAAGUCUUCACCACGCCAGACUCGUAGUAGAACAGCAAAACAAGAAGAGGGAAGCUGAUGAACGCAUCAGACGCCAGCAAGAGGAGCGCGACCGUGCUCAGCGAGCAGAGGGCGCUAAGGCUCGUCUCGCUGAGCUCCAACGUCGUCGACAGCAAAACAUCGACAAACAACGUCUGGAAUAUGCAGAUCAGCAAAGGAACCGGGCCAUUGAUGAGCAACUUCGGGUCUCGCGAGAAGAGACCAGGAAGAAGAAGGCCGAGGUCGAGGUCGAGGCAGCGGCGAGGAAGGCUAAAGCGGACGCGGAAUUAGCGAGGAAGAAAGCCAGAGAUGAUGCGGAAAAGGAGGCUGCGCGUAUAAGACGUGCUGCACUUGCAGCGCAAGCACCGAUCCUUGAUGAGCAGGCACGGCGUGAUAGAGACGAGCGCAUUCGCCUGAAAAAAGAGCGCGCGAUUCGAAACAAACAGACUGAACGGGAAGAAGAAAUAGAAGACGAAGACGAGCCACAUGCUGCACCGAAGCCGAAGCCGAAGGGCCCGGCCGCCACAGUCCGCGAGGCACGCUUGACUGAAAAGCCGGCCGCCACAGAGGAUGUCGGAAAUCAUGAUAACAACGACGGACCAGCCGCAUACAGGCCAACACCGCACCUUUACGCUAAGCAACCAAUAUCUCUCCACAGCGCAGCUGGAUCCAACGCUCUUUCGAGCGGGUCCAGACCGAUGCAGCAGCCAUCUGGUAUCAAGCCUCGAGUAGUGCGCGAUAAGCAACGUCCACUUGGAGAAAUCCUUUUUGAAGAUGCAAAACUAUUGCAGUGGAGAGACACGGGAGAGAGCUGGUCGGCUAUCAGUACGAAGUUUGCAGAACUUACUGGCAAAAAGCGAGCUGAAGACACUCUUCGACGACGGUAUUCGACCGUCAGCAAAGCGCUCAGCGAGGCUCGAGUCGGGUCAGAGCUGAAGCGACGGAUGGUUGCUAACGAUGAGGAGGCCAGAAUGGAAGUCAAUGUUGCUGUGCACGGCGAGUGGCCAAUUGGCAGCACUGCGAAUACCAACGCUGCCAAUACUGUGCCAAUCAAGUCUGUCACGCCACAGGUCCUGGAGGUAGAGCCUGAAAAGGCAUCUCACGAAAAAGACAACAAAGCUAAACGAAGUAUCGACAAUGACCCACACCAUCAGUGGGUUCAGCCCCAAAAAGCAGCCCCGGCCACUGCGAUGGGAAGUAGUAACACUCUAACGACAGGAUCCGUACCGCCUGGCUUGAUCAAGGGAAGCCUUGGAGAGAUACUGCCGAUCGACGCACUGAUCAUUUGUUGGCGACGUGAGGGCAUGGGAUGGGCUCAGGUAGUGGAGAAAUACAGAGCCGCCACUGGCAUACGCAAAAGUGACUACAGGCUGAAGCUGCGGGUUGACGAAGUUGAACCAGCUGUAAACGAUGCAGUUGUAUUUCCCGAUGAACUCGAAGCGCUAUCCAGGGACGCACCAGGCGCGAGAGCCAAAGUGAACAAGAAAGUAUGGAAGACCUGGCCGCCUGUCCCAGAGCCAGUCUCGGAGCAAGACAUGGCUGUGGCCAAGCCCUUGGAUGAACCCGCAGCCAGACCCACGACUGGCGGCAAGACGAUUACUUGGGAUAUCCACAGCAAAUAUCUGGAAGAUCGAGAAGCAGCUGAUGCUGAGCUUUCCGACGUAGAGUCAGCAUCCGAGAUCGACGAAGACAACCCACAAGACAGCUAUUACUACUAUUAUCGAGUAUACCGUAGGGAAUACACGCUGGAGGAUGAAGAAGAUGGCAUUGGAAUCCAAGACGUCGAAUGGCGAGAGUGUAACGAAUUCGAGAAUCCGGACGAAGCUAACCAAGCGGCAGCCGCGGAAAUCAGCCAGCAAGUCCAAGGACGACCCAACUUCCAAGAAGGCCGAUACACACUGGAACAUAACUCCCACAACGGAUUCCAGCAUCUCACGCUCGUGAAUGCCGCCGUCGGCCAAUUAGACGUCAUCGUCAGUCCCGUCGUCCGUAUCCCCGAAGAGCGCAUCCUCCCCUCGUCCAAAGAGGGGUGGCUCCACAAUAGUCUCUACUACGUUAAACAAGCUAUUACACAUAUCAAGUAUACCGUCGACGAUGUACUUGGCGAAACGCAUACAGAGACGGUGAUUCGAGAAAAGGAGGUCGAAGGCACGCAUACUUCUUUUUUGGACCAGGCAAACUUACGCGCUGUAACGCACUUUGUCAAAUUGACUCGACCGAAAUCGGUGAAUCUGGAUCAGAAUAGUUUGGAGCAGGCGAAUCGGGUCGAAUGUUUGCUCGCGGAGCUGCGGGAUCGAGCUGACGCUGAAGUUGUGGGGGAGUCUGGGAGCGGGCAAGAGAUUAUGUUUCGUGGGGUACUUGACGACGACGACGACGGCGGCGGGGGCGGCGGCAGCGGGGGCGGCGGGGGCGGCGGCGAGGGCGGCGGCAAGGAGGAGAGUGUGGGUGGUCAGCAGGAGAAGAAUAACAAGAAGAAGAAGAAGGAGAAGAAGGAGAAAGUGGAGGUAUGGGUUGUGAGGACGCGGUUGACGGGACCGAGAAAUCUUUACAAGUUCAGUAAGUGA